AUGCUCACCGAACAAUUCGUAGCCGCUAUAUCGGCUUCGACCAAGCCGAAUACUGGAGUCCUCAAAGAUGCGGGUAUUUUUGUUCACGAGUUCCAGCCGCUGGCUGCUCAACGACAGGUCUUGAAGAAGAGCGCGACUGCGCCCAAUGGCAUUGCUGUAAGCGCCACACAUGUUUUCGCUGCGCAAUCGGAAAAGGCAGUCGUCCAUGUGUAUAAUAGGGAAAAAGGCAACCAGGAAGCCCUUGUGCCCUUUCCAGAGAGAAUCCAUAGCAUCGCGCUGGCAGCACAUGAUAGCAUGCUUUUGGCUGGAACAGAAAGUGGGCGAGUACUGGCUUGGGAGAUCAGCUCAGGCCGCCUCGUCUCUACCUCUACUUCGCAUCUCCAGCCAGUGACGUGCAUUGUCGUUGAUCCGUCCUCCAACUUCUUUCUCUCUGGCUCCUCAGAUGCUAUGAUUCACGUAUGGGCCCUGCCCUCGAUACUCUCUUUCUCGCCUGAUGCCUCGCGCUCCCCCGUACAUACACUCUCUACCCACCGCGGUCCCAUCUCUUCUAUUGCUUGUGGGCACAGUUCAAGCAGCGCCAACAUUGCCGUAUCUAUAUCGGGUGACAAGUCUGCUAUUGUGUGGGACUAUCAAAACGGACAGGCGCUGCGCACAUACCUGUUGCCGGAGAUACCCACUGCCGUCACUCUUGACCCUGCCGAUCGCGCAUUCUUUAUUGCCUACGCCGACGGUAGUUUGCAGACAAUUGAUUUCUACGACGAGAUGCAAAAGACUACCCCGGUAAACGUCCUUCGUGACAGUGCUUUGUCUCACCGCCCUAUUCAGCCCUCGCCCAAAACGCGAUUCAGUGCCGAUUCGCAGAAGCUCGGUGGAGCCCUCAGCCUGAGUUUGAGUUGGGAUGGUACAACGCUCAUUUCUGGUCAUGCAAGUGGCAAGAUUGCUUCUUGGGACGUCGCCAAGUCAAACUAUCUUUCAACUCCAGCCAAUCUUCCAGGGCCUGUCUCAAAUUUACAGUUCCUCGCGCCCACAGGCUUCCCCAACGCACAUGAACCAACGUUCACCAUUCAGACCAUUGUCAAACCAAAACAAGACGCAGGACUUGCAAGUAGCGGGAGUGGCUUAGUGCCACCACAUUAUACCUUGAGCAUGCAGCUCACAGGUCGGCUACGCAGCACUCACUUGUCUGCCACUAAGCAAGGACUUGCAAGAAGAAAUGAUUUUCAAGAGGCCCUCACCCAUCCUAGUUUUCCUACUAGCAUGCUUGAGGAGAGUCUAGCCGAGCUAAACUCUUGGGGCAAUCAAGCCAGGGCCAGUGUCGCUCCAGCAGCCGACUUCAUGGCCCUGGACACAGAUGAUGCAGGUGCCUCCGGAACUACAGGCAACACCCUGCAAGCUGAAAUUAAAGAGCUCAAGAAACAGCUUGCAAGCCUUCAGCGCAUCCAGAAAGUGACGUUUUCGCAGCUUUCAGAGCUGCGUGAGGAAAACGAUUACUUCGUGGCCCAAGAAAAGAAGCGGGCAGAACGUGCCAAGACACGAGCAAAGAGGAAGACCAAUGGCGCAAAGCAUAGCCUUGAUACUGCGGAUGUGGAAAUGAAUGACGGUACCGAUACCGCUUCCGACUUAGGACUAAGCGAUGCUCGGGCAGACGAAAAGCCUUGA